AUGAAGUUCACUUGGAGCAUCGCCAGCGCGGCUCUGCUGGCCACCCGCGCUCAGGGCGAGAUUCUUUGGGAUGGUCGCUUCAAUGACAUGACCUCUGCCACUGACCUCGACAAGUGGUCCUGGAGCACCCAGACCGGCCCCUACCAGUACUACAUCCACGGUUCCGGCGCCACCACCGAAUACGUCAACCUCUCCGAGGACUUCAAGAACCCGGCCGACACGGGCUCCAAGCAGGGUGUCAAGAUUUCCCUGACCAGCACCUCCUUCUGGAACGGCCAGACCAUGCGCCGUACCGAGCUGAUCCCCCAGACCACCGCCGCCAUCGGCAAGGGCAAGCUCUUUUACCACUUCUCCCUGAAGCGCAGCGCUACCAACGCCCCCUCCCUGAACAAGGAGCACCAGAUCGCCUUCUUCGAGAGCCACUUUGUUGAGAUGAAGUCUGGUUGGCAGAGCGGCGCCACUGGCACCGAGGACCCCCUCCUCCGCUGGGAUGUCGGCGGCAAGACUCAGUGGAGCGUCAACUGGGAUGCUGACACCUGGCACAACAUGGUCUACGAGAUCGACUUCGAUGGUGGCUCCGUCGGUUUCUGGCACUCCACCGGCUCCGACCCCCUGACCCAGGUCGUUGCCCCCGUCCCGGCCUCCGCCUCUAGCAACGGUGCCGACUUCCACGUCGGUGUCCUCGAGCUCCCCCGUGAAGGCUACGCCGAUGAGACCGAGGACUUCUACUUCUCUGGUGUUUACAUCGAGAAUGGUGAAAUCACCAAGGCUAUUGGCUCUGGAUCUUCUGGCUCUGGCUCCUCCGCUCCCUCUGCCCCCGCUGCUGCCGCUCCCUCUGCCCCAGCUGCUGCCGCUCCCUCUGCCCCAGCUGCUGCCGCUCCCUCUGCCCCCGCUGCUGACGCCCCCUCCGCCGCGGCCCCUACCACCACCCCCAGCGCUACUCCUGUCCCCUCUACCCCCGUUGCCCCGGUUGUCCCUGAGGAGCCGUCCGCUCCCGCCUCCAGCCCUACCCCGACUGCUUCUGCUGGUGGUAAGCCCGCCUGCCGCCGCCGCCGCCGCCGCAACCUCCAGAAGCGCAACUAA